AUGACAUCUCGCACAUCCAUGGGCGCCCAGCCGCCCCGGCCGCCUCAGCGCACGCUGAGCAGCCCGGGUUUGCCAGGCCAGCGCUCUUCUCACCAACGCAGCCUGUCGCAGCAGUAUCUGCCUCCAUCUCCCAUCCGAAAAGACUCGAUGAUGGACUCAUCAUUCGAUCCAAGCGAUGUUUCGCAGUCCCGAUUUAAUACAGCCCCUCGCAGAGGUGGCUCCCGUUUAAAAUUAGAAUUGUCGACGGAUUCCAUCAUGGCAGAACCGACCACAUACGAGUCUCCGCAACCCUUACAAUCACGAAUAACCCCCAUGAACGAAUCCUCUGAAGUUGUUGAUCCGAGCCCGGGUGGUUCUAUAAGACCCAAUUACUUGGAAAAUGAUAAUAUACCCUUACCGAUGCCCAAGCGGCGAGCGAGAUUCUCCCGUGAGAUGCCUAGGUCGCGCCCCACGCCCACCCCGGUGCCUAGCGCUGCGAGCAGAGACAAUCGCCCGAAGCCGUACACGAUCGAGUACCCUCAAGAUGCACCUCGCUAUCAGCCGGUGAACUCCGACGGCUCUCGAACCUCUUCCGAGCUUCCACGCGUAUCCAACUCGGGCUACGCCGAUUUCUUCCCCUGGAGUGGCGAUCAUCCUGAAGACCAGUUUUCCGAGACGGUUAUUCGUACCGGAUACUUUCAUAAGGCGCCCCCGAACCAAGCUGAGGCAGCGACGGCGAAGCCCUCCCUCUUCCCUCUGCUGAAGCAGAAGAACUGCCUCAACGCCUUAUCUAGCGUAUUCCUCGGUGUCCUUGCUCAAAGGCGACUUAGCGGCCAGAUAAGAGCUCCGUCCACAUUCAAGCCACCUCCUCGAGUGACGCUUACCGAUACGAAGAGGGAGAUGUGGCUCAAAGACUUGGCGAACCCUGCCACCUCCCUCAGACGCCUUAGCCGGACCAUCCCGCAUGGUAUUCGAGGCAAAGUGCUUCUCGACCAUUGCCUAAACAAGAACGUCCCAACGGAUCGCGCCGUCUGGCUAGCGAAAUGUGUCGGCGCCAAUGACCUCAGAGCAUUCAGGAGGAAAGGCGUCAACCAGACAUUCAUGGGCGGGGAGACCAAGUGGAUAAGGGACUGGACCGUCUUUGUUGAACAGUUCGUGGAGAAUGUGUUUUCGUCCUUUGAAAUGCCUGACUGGAAGUCAAAGGUGACAUAUGCUCUUCGACUAGCGACUAUCCUAUACACCGAGCAACUAUUGGAUCGUGAUCACUACAUGGAAUGGAUCCUCUCUGGGCUCGAGAGUACCCCACAGUCCAAGCUGCCUAUGUGGAUUCUUAUUUUGCAGCUCUAUUGGAAAGAUCUGCUUCGGUUGAGAAAGACAGGCCGCCGUCUGGUGACCUCAUUACUCAACCACCUCUUGACGAUCCAAAGCGAUCCCGACCGCGAUCUUCUCGUCCAGCUAUCCUCACGUAUAACGCCUCUCCUCUCUUCACUAAUGGUCACGAAUCCCGAGAGUUUCAUCUCUCCCGCCACAUGGCCUAAACAUCGAGAUGCGCUGGUCGAGCUAAUCCAGCAGACCGACGGCGCUACCCGAGCAGCGUACCAGCUCAUUGAUGACCGAAACAAUCGCCUUGUGUCUGGAAACGAUUCGACCUCUACCCAGAGCAUGCAACAACGGCUAGUAAAGCUCCUCGAUUCCGCCCUUUAUCAACCCUUCAGCGAUGCGCUAGUCUCGCAGUGUUGGGCCCUGGGAUCAGACAAGAGCGCAGUUGUACGCACGAUUCUUGAUUGGGGCACCUCGACUCUCCGACCCGGCCCAACCAAGGUCUACGUUACCGUCCGAUUAUUACGAUCAUGGGGGAAGCAGGGCCUAGACGUUACCACUGCUGUUCUUGAGCACUUGGACUUCAUUCCGACUAACGAUCACGAACGCAAGCAGUCCACCUACUCAAUCGUGUCCGAUCUGGCUCGCUCCAAUGACUUUUCGGUCGCUAGGUAUAUUCAGUGGCUCAUAUCACGCGGUGGGCUUUCCGAGCCCUCGGAGAUUAGCCAGAUGGGUCCUUGUGCCACGCGCUUACUAGUGGAGCUCCCGGCGCAUGCGUUGAGUUCGUCGCUAAAGUGUAUGCGUGGAAAUUUACUCCGGCGGGCAUCCUUCGAUGUUGAAGCUGAAAGGCUGGAUCUCGAGAAUGCUGUCAAGUUCGUGAAGCUUGGGCUAGGUCUGCCGUUGAAUCCCGAUGAUCCUAUUUCGCUGAAGAAGCCUAUGUCGGCCACUAAGCUCGCUAAACCUGUCAGCAGGAGUAGCCGCAGCUUACAGACUAGCUUAGGCGCAUUUCUCAGAGACGAGGUUUUUGCUCCCGCCGCUCUCGCUACGGAAGGACCAGGGAUAUCCCCUUCCAUGUUCAACUAUGCGCGGACCGUUCUCGAGGCCGCCAACGAUUAUGAGACGCUCCUGGGCAUAGUUGAGCUUGCGUCUAAGAUAUCGAACGUGGAACUCUUGGCAUCUUGCGCCGAUACGAUCAACGUCUAUCUAACAACAUUUGCGCCCAUGGAGGAUGUAAAGAAGCUCUUUGAUGGCCUCGUAGCUUCGCUUAAGACAAUCAGUGAUGGCCAGGGUGUCGCAUCUGCGCGUGCACUUCUUGCGUCACUUGCCAGUCUUGCUGAUCGAAUUCCGGGUUUGGAGGAUCAGGCUCAGCAACUUCGAAGCGAGCUUCUUCGAUGCGACCGAACCUCGGGUAUAGAUGCAUGCUCACCCGUUUCCGAUAGUAUGGCCGGGCAUAUGCCGGAUUUCGAAGGGACGCUUUACGAAGAGGUGGAGAAGGUUCUGUCUACUGGGACGAGAGUCGAUCAGCCUACGAUGGACAGACUUUUCCGAACGAUCAUGAGCCGCCUCGAGAGUUGUUGGUCGAAGUCCAUGGAAGCGCAGCGAGCGUGCAUUCCCUUGCUGACGCGCCUCCGGGCCUUUGACAUUCAGCACUUUGAUGAAAAGAUGGUGGAAUGGGUUAGCAAUGUGAAAACAGCUGUUGGUCGGCCGCCUCUAGCGGAAACAUUGCCCCUCCUUAUCGGCCAGGGAUGCCUCCAUCUCGCUGCCGUUCUCAAUGCUUACGUAUCAAAGGGGCAGAGCAGCGCGGCUGCAAGCCGCUCUGGCGCCGUGUCUAUCCACGGACCAUAUUUACAGGAGACAUUACAACUAGCGUGCAUGCACCUACCUCAAUCGACUGCGCUGACACCCGAGGAAUGCUGUCGGUUUCAUAUUCAACAGAAGACCCUGCUUUCCCGACAUUCGGAUGACCUUCGGCGGCUUCUUCAACAUGCUCUCGCCGAGUAUUGCGACUUAGGUGGGCAGGUCGGCGCGACAGACCUUCCUUUGGAUCGCCGGGGGUGCUGGCCUGCUGUGCUCGAUUUAUUUAAGAAUCUUAUACUCAUGAAUCCUUAUGGCUUGGUCCGCGACUUUACUUCGACAACGGUCAUGACGUCGCCACGCCUACGUCAGUUAGCCGAUACACUUGCCACCCAAGCGUUGGGUUUGUGUGAUGCUCCCGAAUCGAAAAUAUCCUUCGACCGUAUUCUGGAUAUGGCGAAUGAACUGAGCUUGCCAUUCUGCCAGGUAAAACUGUCACUCAGUCUGAGUGACGACAGUGAUAUGUUAGCAGAAAACCAAGCGGAAUCGCACAUUUCGCUUUUCACAAAGGCAAUGGAAAAGGCGAUUGAGGCAAACAAUGUCAUGUGGACGAGCAUUCUUCCCCAUCUCAACGACACAAUUGCGCAGCAUAUCCGAAAUGAAGCUCGAGGCCGGUUCAUCGAUUUAAUACCUUCCUUCAAGACCCAGCCACCCCCUCAUACGGGGGAUGGAAGCUCUUUGAAAGCCGCAGAGAGUUUGAUAUCGGUAAUGGAGUCGAUCACUAGCGGUCACACCACAGCAUCAAGGGCUACCCAUCUCACCCCGUCUAUCUCGGAGAGAGUAUCAGAUUUGUGGGACGUUCUUGCCAGCAACGAAGACGAGAAGAAGCGACUCCAUAACGUCGUCCUAACCGGAUGGCUACCUUUGAUGUUGAAGUUUCUAGCAAUGCACGUCGGGCCAGCCGCCGAACCGGUGUCCGUGGCUACUCCAAGCGGAAACACCAUUCGACCUCCGCCGAAUCCCGCACAGACUGAACUGAGGGCAAAGGUUCUGCUUUCACUGGCUGGUAUCUUUCAAGAGCUAGAUUCUCUAGAACCUGCCGAGGCCCAGCUUGCGCAGCAAUCUGGACUGGCGGAGCAGGUCCUUGACGUUGCCUUGCUAGUGGUUGACGGCCUACCGGAUGAAGCACGCGCGCAUUGCUGUCGUCUCAUCCUCGUCUCGGACCCAAUGAAUAUGCAGAACGCGAAUGUGUCGACCGACUCCCACCUUCGCUAUCUCCUCAGCUACACUCCUCCUUCUGCGGACAACCUCAUGCUCUCUCCACGAAACCGAAUGAAUAUGCAGGGUGGGUCCACUCGAACUGCAAUGCUCGGAGCACCCGGGCAGGCCGAAAAGUUGAUGCCGUUUUCGUAUCGGCGGUGGGAAGUCUUGAACGAACCGACACCGAAUGUCGGCGAGAACGAUACUAGCCUAAGCCUCACCUUGUUUGAGUCCAUCAAACUUCGUUAG